UAAUGGAGGUCAACCUUGCGGCGGGGAACAAACUGACAGUAGCAAUUGCCGGAUCAUACGUACGUAGCCCGAAAAGAAGAUCUCGUCAAAAUGAGAACCAGUCAUAAUGUAACGAACGCCAUCAAGCUAUUACCAUAAUCUCGGUGUCUCUCUUGCUCAGCAUCUAUGCUAUAUCACAUCAACAGUCAUGUCACUUCCCAAGCAUAUCUCCACAUCUCUUUCGCAGAUCGAUCAGCUAUAUGAUACCGUUAACAAACGCUUCAAUUCUGGUGUCACCCUUCCCCUCGCUUACAGGCUCUAUAACCUUAAGCAGCUCGCAUACCUUAUCAAAGAUAAUGAAACCCUUAUUCAAGCGGCUAUCGAGAAGGAUAAUGGUAAAGGCCCGUUCGAUGCAACUCUUGGCGACAUAUGGCCAACACUGAAUGAGAUUGAUCUCGCUGUAAAAAAUGUAAAGAAAUGGAUGAAAGAUGAGAGUCGAACGGGAGAUGCGAUACUUGCAAUGAAAUCGAUGCCCUCACGAGUGAAGAAGCAGCCCAAGGGUGUUGCAUUGAUCCUGGCAACAUGGAACUACCCCUGGCAGCUCGCUCUCUGUCCGCUGGUAGGAGCCAUCUCAGCAGGCUGCACAGCCGUUAUCAAAGGCUCCGAACACGCACCUACUUCCUCUGCCCUCUUGGCCGACCUCUUGCCAAAGUACCUCGACCCGGAAGGGUAUGCUGUGGUGCUUGGGGAGGUCGAGCAGGCUCAAGCUUUGUUGGCGAAACCUUGGGGGCAUAUUCUUUAUACCGGAUCCGCUGUUGUAGGCAAGAUCGUGGCUGAAGCUGCUGCUAAGACGCUUACACCGACAACUCUUGAACUUGGAGGGAAGAGUCCCGUGAUUGUUGCAUCGGAUGCCGACCUCAAGAUAGCGGCAAGAAGGAUGUUCAGUAUCAAACAGAUGACGGGUGGUCAGAUAUGCGUUGCUCCCGAUUAUGUGCUAUGUGUGAAAGAUAAAGUGGACGAAUUUAUCUCCAUAUGCAAGACCACACUCGACGAGUUCUUCCCUCCUUCUCCUUCGCCUCAAUCUCUCCUCAACAAUCAAUCCGCAUCUUCCUUCCUCCGCUCUCCCGCCGAUUUUUCCCGCCAACUUUCUUACAUACAAACCGCCGAAAAGGCUGGUAAACUAGUAUACAAGGGCGAGAUGGAUGAGCAGACGAAAAGAAUGGGGAUUUCGUUGAUUAGGCUCAAUGAAAAUGGUGAAGGAGAGGAAGGUGGUGUAAUGGUGGAUGAAAUCUUUGGGCCGGUUUUAACUAUCAUACCAGUUGAUAGCAUUGAAGCGGCUAUCGCGUACGUUAACGCCCGUCCCAAACCUCUCUCUUUGUAUGUCUGCUCCAGCAAACGAUCCGUCUUCGAGGAUAUCAUUACUAAGACGACUAGCGGUUCAGCCACAUGGAAUGACUUUGGGAUAGCGACCUUAUCACGUAACAUCCCGUUCGGGGGUGUAGGCGAAAGUGGGUGGGGAUCGUAUCAUGGGAAAGACGGUUUCAAUACCUUUACCCACCAUAAAGCCGUGUUAGAGAUACCAUACUUGUUUGAACCCCUCAUGUCCCUCCGUUACCCACCAAUGUCCAUUCUCGCGAAGCGUAUCAUGCCAUUCCUCAUGUUCAGUGGCAUUCAUUUCUCGCGACCCAAGUCUGUCGAGCACGAGCAACGAGCAUUGAGAAGGAGGAAGUGGGGGUCAAGGCUGGUUUGGUUUGGGGUGAUUUUGGUUGGGGCUUUGGUAGGGGGGAAACUGAUAGUGGGAAAGGGGUAUUGAUCAUCCCCUAUUUUUUGAUGAGCCCUGCUCGUUCCCCUCCCCAAAAAAUCUAGCUAAUGGUAAUCCAGUGGUAAUCUCUUUCAAUGUAUGCAUACUCAGGCUGUUGAUU